GACUUUUCCCACGUUUCUGAGCCGUUUGGCGUUCCAUACUCCGCCGCAAACCCGGGACUGUAGAGACAACAAAGCCCAAGCGAGCGAGUCUGCAAACGGAGCACAGGCAUGGGAACGAUAUCACAGCUCUCAUCCUCUACUUCAUUCCACAUGCAUGCACAACCAUGAAGGAAACGGCGACCGAAAUGCAUCCGGAUACUAAGCAAUCAUUUUUUUCCAUGCACAUGACUGCAGAUGGGAUUGUGCAAUAGGUUAUCAUCUCUUCUCUAAGAUAAGACUAACAUCAACCACCAUAAUGGACGCAGUGCCCGAAUACUCUAUUUUUCUUGUGAGGAUUUUGGAGGAACUAGACACCAAGUAUAGCACUGUAUCCUAUCAGGAUCUGUGUAAGUCUCUGUGUGCUCGUUUUGACCUGGUUCAUCUGGCAAAACUGAGAAGCUUAUUAUUUUACACAGCAUGUUUGGAUCCUAGUUUUCCUGCUACCUUAUUUAAGGACAAAAUGAGGUGUUCAGUAGAAGAUCAGCAGUCUAAGAAGCUUAUGGUUGCUGCAGACAUUGUGACCAUGUUCAACCUCAUCCAGAUGAAUGGUGGGAUGGCCAAAGACAAGCUACCGGUUAGCCAGAAACCUAAGUUUCAUAAAAACCAAUCCUUUGAGUCUUGCAGGUCUGAUACAGAUGUGUACAAAUACAACGAGUGUGAAAGUGUGUAUGGUCACAUAGACAGAAGGGGUCAUCGUGCUUCUCGGAACUCACCCUGCCCCAAAUCUGAGUGCAACAGCUGUCAGCCUUUUAUACCAUCUUCAGAGCCCAAUUUUCUCCUGGGAGUCAACAAGGAUCUUAAAUGUAGAGCAGCUUCACUGGAUAAGCUGCAGCAUCUGCCUCAGUAUGCCAGUUCCAGUCCUCCUCCGUGUGAGAUGCAGAGCACCUACUUCCCCAUGGAGAUCGACAGCGAGUCCACAACCGACCACGACUCGCUGCACAUCAACCCGGGUGGUAAGGAAAUUUUUCUGCCUAACUCUGAGACUUUUGGUGUGCACUCUUGUGUGCAAAAGCGGAACAUUUUUAAGGAGGACUUUCACAACCUUGUUGCCUUUUCGCCUCAUGUGAUCACUUCUGAAUCUAAAGCCAGUGCCAGAGACAGUGGAGAUUACCACAGGAGGGAAUUGCACAAGCCUCCAACUUUCUUUAAUCACAGCUUUGAGCUGCCAUAUAGCAACCCCUAUUUCGAACCGGUCAACUCACCUAUACAAAGCAAAGGGCGAGUGAAGCACGAGAGUCUAGACGACUUGCAGGCAUCCACAUAUUUUGGUCCAACGACGGUCACCGAGUGUGUGAACAUCAAGAGGACUUCGGGGAGACAGAGCAGGCAGCCUGCCUGGCCUGUCAAAAGCUUAAGCCUGAACGCAGAUGAGGGCUCUGAAUUCGAGAGAUCCUUUUUAAACCAUAAGGUGCCAGUAGACAAUCACCGCCAUACUAGCAUGAUGGAAAACGAACAGCACUUUCAGUGUGCCAAAGAGAAGCCCACAGCCUCUCCGUCAGGCUUCUCCAAGAAGUCCAGCGGACAAAAGAUCAAAGAAAUGGCUUCUGUUGGUUGUGGUCCGAGUUCUGAAAAGAGAGAAGGAGGAAAGAGAUAUAAAGACAAGAGCAUCAACUGUCCAUCGCUCCAGACUGCUAACAUUGACAAUGGUCUUAGUGUAGGGACUCAGACUGACCAGUCAGAACAGAGGAAACGGAAAGAUUACAGCAUGCACAAGUACGGGGAGAGACCACCUUUUAAACACACAGCCGAGGAGCCUGAGAUCGUAAGUGAUGACAUUAGUGACAUAUUUCGCUUUCUGGACGACAUGAGCAUAUGCGACUCUAUUGGGAUACCGCAGUCAUCUUGUUACAACAGUAAUGGCUCGCUCUCUCAGGUGACAAAGUCAGAUGGUGAUAGCUCACCUGAAAGAAACACGAUCAAACUAGGCAAGUCUGCCAGCAAACUUGAUAAUUUAUUCCACUCCCUGGAGAACACUGACGAUGAGCUCAAAGCAAGCGUAUGCAAACUGGUCCUCAGGAUUGGUGAAAUCGAGAAGAAGCUUGAAUCACUCUCAGGAGUGCGUGGCGAGAUCUCACAGGUUCUGUCCAAGCUCACCAAGCUGGAUGAGAAGAUCCAAGAGCCAGAAGCAAAUGGGAAGUCUAGUGAAGGUGGCAUGGCACAGAUUCAGACGGAUAUAAACCUUUCGCCACACAUGUUCCAGUGCCACACUACAGGUCACACAGUCAAAGUGGACACUAACAAAGACUGGUGCUGCUCGGAUGCUAGUGGAAGUGAAAGCCUGAGGGUGAAGGCACUAAAGAAGAGCAUGUUUACUCGCAGGUCCUCCAGGUCACUGAAUGAGGAAAACAGUGCUACAGAGUCCAAAGUGGCCAGCAUUACCAAUUCUCCUCGAGACUGGAGAACAGUCUCUUAUUCAAGCCAUCCAGGAGAAGAUGUAAAAGAGAAGGACAGGCAUGGGGAAGGCAAGGACAGACAUAGGAAAUCCAAAGAGGCAGAUCGGCAGUAUGACCCCCACCAGGCACACCGGUCAUCCAAGGUUCCAAAGGACUCAUACAUGGUGGAGCAAGUUUUCAGCCCCCAUCAUUACCCCCCCUCUGUCAAGUCGCAUGUGAAGGGAAGCCCUUUGUACACGGACUUGCGAUUGACUGGUCUGAAUGACAGCAAACGUCCACAACCCUCCUGGACCAUAGAGGAAUUCAAACGCAACUCAGGAGACAAGAACAAACUCAGUGUGCUGGACCUACAGACCCAGGAGUCACUCAACCCCAAUAAUCUGGAGUACUGGAUGGAGGACAUCUACACACCAGGCUAUGAUUCACUGCUCAAGCGCAAAGAGGCAGAGUUUCGGAGGGCUAAGGUUUGCAAGAUUGGUGCUCUGAUCGCUGCAGCGGCCUGCACUGUGAUAUUGGUCAUCGUUGUGCCCAUUUGCACUAUGAAGUCUUGAGGUCUUCUUCUAUGUUGUCAAUAAACAAAAGACAUCUUGUUUUGCUGAUGUAGGGUUCAUUUUGGUGCCUAGAUGACGCCUUAUUGUGAAUUUGAUAGAACUUUUAAUGGCUGACAUCCAUUCAGAAAACUUGUAUGCUCAGUUUUUGGCAUAAUCCAGGAACUGGUUUUAAAGACUAACCUACAAAUACAAUACUUUACUGGGGAUUAACAUAUGAUGUUUGUCCUUUUUAUUUCUAGUAGAACAAUUAUUUGUUAUCAUAGACUUUUAUGGAACAUAGAUAAUGUUCUCUUAUUUUAUAGCUAGUAUUUAACAUACUAAAUUAAGAUAUUUCAAUUCUGAGAUCUUUAUGUUGUUGCAAUAGACACUACAAGGAAGGACGUGUAGUAUUUUUUUAUUUUACUAUGAUUCUAUGAGAAUUAUUUUUCAAUGAAUUUGCAGACAGAAUGUGAUGCUGUACAGCUAGGUUUAUCUUUUUUGACAAAUCAGGAAUGUUUUAUUGGGUUUGUGCAAUUUCUUUUUGUCAGUGACAAUUUAAACAUGAUAGUUAUCUAGAUUACUAUUCGAGAAGACCAUUUCAGAAGUGAAUGUAUGAAAGGCCAUUGUAUGUAUUAAUUGUAUAAGGAUUCUAAAAUGAUUCCUCUCUGGAUGUUUACUUGUUAUUUACCUAGUACUCGGAACACAUCAUUCGAAUUUAAUUCAGCAAUCAACUGGAUACUGGAACAAAGUAUCUUCGUCUUUUUGUUUCAUGAUCGUGAUUUACUUGAAACUCUUCUUUACUGUCUAAACAGCUUAUUUGUGUUACUUUUGAAUUUGGACUAUAUACAAAAUAGCUUAUAAUAGGUCCUAUAAUAUAUAGGUCUGGCCCAAAUGGUAUGAUUCAUAUAUUAGUGUUUGUAUGCUGUCUUCCCCUUCUAAACAGAUGUCCUCUAAUACACUUGCAAGGGCACCAUUAUGUUUUUGCAUUGCAGUGCAUUGUUAUUGGCAUUUUGACAUCUUUCUAAUUUAGCUCUAUUCUUCGAAGCUCUCCUUUGAGUCAAGGGUAAAAGUCAGCAUCCAAAUUAAUCCCAAUAUGAAGGCAGCAUUGCUAAAAAUUUGAAGGAUAUGUCCUAAGUGCUAAAAUGUCUAGAAUCCCUUUCAAACAGUGGUCCUGAAAGUCAUUGGUUUCAAUUUGUCAUAAGUCGUACUCUCCGUGGUUAUAAGAUUCACAUAACAAAUUGCGUAUAUCACUCUUUUGUUACGGAGAAUUGGCAAUGAGCAGCAAGUUCAUUAACCAUGAACUGAUUAUGUAAUGAAAUCAAGUGUAAAAUUAUGUGUAGGUUACAUGGAACAUAUCUAUGCCAUCUUAAAGGCUUAUCUCUACCACUAAUUAGCAGCCUACCUAAUUAACUAGCUGCUUAGGAUAGAUAGACUGCAAUAGCACAAAGUGUUGACCUCUUUUCUUGCAACUCAUCUCUCAAGCCAUAUUUUUGACCUGUUAGAAUGAAAUUACAAUAAUAACUCUUCAUGAAAACUAGCAUUUAGGAGGUGUUCUAUGUCUUUGCUGGGAUGUAGCAGAGUGCAUUCAUUACUCUUCAUAGAGGCCUUAGGACCACUGAAUGCAAACUACAUAUUACUUUAAAAUUCACUAACCGAUCCAAAUCAAGCUUGGACAUUUUAGUUUGAAAUGAAUAAAUGUGUGAUUGUCACAACAUUGCCAUAAAACAACAACAAUAACAACAACAUACUGCUGCUGAGAUGAAAAAUACAGAAUUGUUUUGCUAUGCUCAUUCAUGUCUGCUUUGUAACAUAUAUAGAGAGACAUGUUUUAUAUUUCUCUCAUAAAUGUAACUAGACAUAUGGGAAUUUAACCCUACUUUUUGUGAAAUCACUGGCACAUGGCCAACAGUUUUUGAUUUUCUUUCUUUUGAUUGUCACUUGAAUAUGUCAUACACAGACACCUUGAUUAAAGGUUUGGUUCAGCGAAAGGUUAAUUUGCACAAUUUACCCCUCAUCCCAAAUGUAGUUGAUCGGCAUAGACAUUUUCCGUUUCUGGUCCGACAAAUUUUCAAUAAAUACAUGCUAAUUCUUUGUCUGGUAAAAUGGUUGGUAUAAUCCAGAUGUAAAAAUGAUACUACAAUCCACCCAACAUGCAGCUUUUCUUUAUAGUACCACCUAAAGAAGUUAAAGAGCUGUUCAGGAUGGCUGCAUAACA